AUGCCUGAUACUCGCGAUCCUCCUCUCAGCCAUGAGAUCCCAGCGUUGGAGCGCUGGAAAAGGGACGUGAUUGAACCAACAAAGAGAUCGGAACAGAUGUCCUGGAUGGUUCUAAGCUCCGCACUGGCGUUGGCGCAUGAAGUAGGGAUAUUCGACAAGAAACCUGCUCUUUCAGGAAAGAGCGGCGCUUUUUUUGAUGCUGUCAAGCCGGAUGCUAAGGCUUAUACAGAGCACUUGAAGAUACGCCGCGAGAGACUUCCGAAGCUCUUGUAUUGUUUCAUAAAUCUGAUGUCUUCCCGAUUAGGGUGCACCUCAUUCAUGUGUCCUGAGUCUACCGUCGCGCUUUUAGAGGUUGAUAAGGAUCUCAGCACAGAUCUCAACCAGCAGUGGCAAUCAUUUAUGAAUUGCUGGGUUGAAUUGACCAAGCUUACAAAAAGUAUCACAGAUACAUUGUUUCCACUGAUGACUGCCGACGAUGAUGAGAAAUUCCAGAACUGUCUUCAGGAGAAACAACAACUGUUGUCACAUUGGUAUACCACUGUUGAUUUUGGUAAUUGUCACUAUGAGGACCUUUUAUUCAUCGAAUAUCAAUACCUCCGCGUCCUUACCAGCUCCACCGGAAUGCAGCGAGUUAUCACUCAUUACUCGCAGCCCCAAUCUGCCCACAAUUUCAGACCAACGUUUUCUGCACGACCAUUCCAGUCGGACCAUGAGUACCACCUAGUCGAAGAAGUAAUCGAUGGCUGCUGCCACAUCAUAGAACUAACCAUACGCAAGGCCGAAUCAAACACAAACAACAGUCUCCAUUACGCCCCGAUCCGCAUGUUUUCACGUAUGAUCAGUGCAUCGAUCUUCCUCCUCAAAGCUCUUGCACUAGGAGUGCGAAGGACAAAAUUAGCCGAGUCACUCCAGGUUCUUGAAAUGGCAAUUUCAGCACUACAAACUAGCAAUCUGGAUGAUAUACAUCUAGCUGCUCAGUAUGGGGAGCUGCUCAAAAUCCAGGUCGAUCGUCUACGCAGAAGCUUUGAGUCUUCUGGGACACCGCAUUAUCAUGGAAAAGAAUCAGCUAAGCACUCCGGCGAGGGACACUGUAGCAUCGGUCGCGAGCAGUGGCAGCCAAAGUUGCAGCUGCCAGCAAAUCAGGCCGCGUCGCCGUCCUCGUACUUCCCACCUCGGCUGUCUGGCGGAGAGGACUUGCUAGAUGAUCAGCGCUACUAUUCCAGUCAUGGCCAAUGGACAGAGACUGCCAGCCUUGAUAAGCUCGAUGCCAACAACCAGGGCGCCGUUGAUAUCAAUACCACCCCAGCGAAGCCCAACGGUUUGUCUCUUAUCGUCAUCUUACCACCAGGAUUAUCCCGUGAGCGAAACUCUGCUCUGCCGAUCCCUUCCUUCGCUCAUCGGCCCUCGCAAUCCCUCAUAUCGCCUUCACUCUGCUUGAAGCAGACGGAGCCUGGUGAAUUCGAUCAAUCAGACACCGCCCACUAUUACUCUCGCGACAAGGCUCAUGUCCGAUUCAUUCCCGCUGGCAGGCAACGUCUCCCCAUCUUCGUUUUCGUCGGCGCACAGAACUAUGCCUCCAACUUCGCACACACGCAUACGUCCCCCAGCCACACGACGACGUCAAACGGACAGCCUCUUUCCUCUCCUCCCUCAUCAACACCCAUGUCUACCCAAAACUCACAGCAGCCGACUGUGAGCGUAACAACCUCAUUUCCGACACCGGCCAGCAGUGUCAGUGGUCAUCCACGAAACACGACCCCAGCAGAUGAGUCGGAACUUGCCGACAAAUCCUGGGGUCAAGGCCCACAGAACUCCCAUGCGACAGGCAAUACGGACCUUGGUAGCGCCGAGAAUUUAGGACACAGACGUACAGAUCACGAUCGGCAUAGGUUGCCUGAAGGGUUCGAUAUGGAAGGCCGGCCAUCAGCUACAGACGUUGAUAUGAUGGAUAUCGAUUCGAAAGCGGACACUUCUUCGUUCCGUGAUUCUAGUCUCGAUGCAUUGCAGCAGGAUAUUGGCACGGCCUUCCAUCUUUGCAAAUCUGUUCCUACAAUUACAGGCCCUGAUCCGAGCUUUGAUCUUAUAUCGUUGUACGGCUUGGGACCAAUUGGAAGGUCAGUAAUGAGAGCAGAUCCCACAACAGGCGAAAAGAUCAAUCGUCUCCGCAAGUCGUAUGAGGGCAAGUUGAAAGGGCUCGGCCUGUCCGGAAGAAACAAGGCUGUUAAAAAUGAAAACCAGGCUGGAGGGUUGCGACACUUGAUGAUGUGGCCAGAAGAAGAAUGGCAAAUUCAAAAAGUCCAUGGCAAGGAGAUCAAAGUCGCAGAAGCCGAAUCCGGGCUCCAGAAGUUGCAAAUGCGGGCCAUGAAGCUGGAAGCCGGGCCGCUUCCGAAUAGCGAGUACUGGGAAGAUAUUCUAGGCCACGAAAAGUCCUCGAAGCAUGCUGUCAUCGAGAGCGGCAAGAGGGCAGUGUCAACACCAAAUGCUCUUCGUCCAACGCUUCAAGCGAAUGGAGCUCCGGCAGCAGCAGCAGCACCCGAGCGCGCUCGCCCCACUCGUGGAAAGAAACGGCAUUAUGAUGACAAUAGUUUUGUCGGCUACGGUGAAGGGUUUGUAGAUGACGAAGAUGAAGGUGCACUAUACUCAAAUAGUGAAGACAGGAGUGGGAAGAAGAAGCGCAAGAAGGUUUUUCAACCCAGUCAUAAGUCUCAUCAGACAGACAAGCUAAUGGACUCUUUCCAGGAACAUAUUAGCAAAAUGUCUCCUUCUAUGCCAGAACGAACGGGAAGUUAUGGGGUCGGCAUGUACGGGAUCGGGGCCAGAUGA